GACUCGCGCGCACGUGGACUCCCAAAAACGCGAACGACGAUGACUAGCGAAACGGCCAAGGCAAAAUCGAAAUUGGCGAUCCUUUCGUCGUCUUUUUCAGAACUAGAAUCGCAGCUCGAGCCAUUGUUCUCCCAGACCCUACCCGAAACUCUUUUGUCCUUGGAGCCUAUCGAACAGGCAAAACUGCAAACACUUCUCACCUAUGUCACCUAUGACCUAGUUUUCAUUUACCUUAAGUCCAGGGGAAUCGAUCCAAAGACUCAUCCCGUAAUAUCAGAACUAGACAGAAUAAAAGGAUACUUUGAAAAGAUUGACAAAGCCGAAAAGCCAGAAACUAGGCAUAUCGAAAUUGACAAGGUCGCCGCUGGACGAUUCAUCAAGCAUGUUAUCACACAAGCCAAGCUAGGUCGGCCUCCCGGCGAAGCGUCUGCAGAGCCGACGCCUGGUCCGUCCAACGUUCGUGUUCCGGUCAAAGUUACUGCAAAAAUGCUCGAACGACAACAAUACGAGAAGGAGAUGAAGGAGCGCGAUGCCGCAGAAGGCAGCGAAGAAAGCGAUUUGGAAGUGUUUGACGAGGAAAAGAUGGAUGAGGAUAAUAACGAAAAGGUCGUUGACGUUAAAGGUAAGGGAAAAGCUAAGGAACAGAACGAAGAAAGUCAGCUAGCCGCCGACGCUUCCGCAACUCCUGGAGCGAAACGAAGAAGAGCCACUGUUGAUCCUUUCGCUGGGUACGGAGAUGACAGAACUUCAACCAAUCAGCCAACUGGAGCGUCAAGCAAAAACUCUGAUCAUCAGACUAAGCCAAAGAAGAAGAAACAGAAGAGCAAAGAUUCGACUCCCGCAUCUCGUUCGGGUACUCCCAACGCGAAAGCGGAGAAAAAGGCAAAAAAGAAGGGAACCAGUACAUAAGA